AUGAUCAUCACACGCGCCCUAUCCAUCACCAACUUUGUUGUCGCCAGCUCGGCGCUCAGCUUCCAAGUUGGUGUGCUGUACCCUUGGCACAAGCAACUGGACGAUGACUUCGAAGCGCUCAAGAGGGAGCAUCUCCGUGUCCUAACAGCCGUCGAGGGCAAAGUCGAGCGAACACAAGAACCUGCCGUUCUCGAGGAGAACCGCCAGAGCCUUCGCGGCAUGCUCGGUAACCUUGUGGCGUGGAAGGCCUGA